AUGCGCGGUUUGAUGAUGCUUAUGGCAGUGGAGGUUGGAAACCUGCAGAAGCAGAAGAACCGACACCGAACACAUAAUCUCGCCGUGGAAAGUGUCCACGAGAUGUGGCAGAAAAAAGCGGCAGAUCUCCAACUGCCUCAGUUUGAGAAACCACAACUGCAAGUGCCUACGAUCCAUCGGCAACCUGGGAUAAAGUUUCGCGAGAAAACUGCGAGUUGCAGUCAAGGUUCUGCCCUGGAAGCAUUNUGGGGAUAG